GUUUGCAUCAACAACAUCAACUUCCAGAGGAAAUCUGUCAUUGGUCCGAGUCAAUGACCUGGAAGCCCCAUUCAUUUACAAUGACCCUACACUGGAGGUGUGCCACCAUGAGUCCAAGCAGAGGAAUCUGAACUACUUCUCCAGUGCCUACACAGCAGCAGUGAGUGCUGUGGACCCUGAUGCAGGACACGGGGAGCUCGUCAUCAAAGUUCCCUCUGAACUCUGGAAACAAGGAGAUGAUUUGAAAGUUUUAAAGGUGUACAUAGAAUUUUCUCUGGACCAGCGAAAAGGGGCUCUCCACUUUGUUGUACCAGAUAUAGAGGGCAGUAUGGCAGAGAGAGGAGCUCACGUGUUCUCCUUUGGGUACCAGAACUCCACCAGAUUCUGGUUCCCCUGUGUGGACUCCUACUCAGAGUUGUGCACGUGGAAGCUGGAGUUCACCGUGGACGCUUCCAUGGUGGCGGUGUCUUGCGGCGAUCUGGUCGAGACCAUUUACACACACGACAUGAGGAAGAAGACAUACCACUAUGUUCUCCCCAUCCCCACCGCGGCCCCCAACAUCUCCCUGGCUGUGGGGCCCUUCGAAAUCCUCGUAGACCCCUACAUGCAUGAGGUGACCCAUUUCUGCCUGCCACAGCUGCUGCCUCUGCUCAAACACUCCAUGUCUUAUCUUCAUGAGAUUUUUGAGUUCUACGAGGAGAUCCUCACAUGCCGCUACCCUUAUGCUUGCUUCAAGACCGUGUUUGUGGACGAGGCCUACGUACAAGUGGCCUCCUACGCUUCCAUGAGCAUCUUCAGCACCAACCUGCUCCACAGUGCUAUGAUCAUAGACCAGACCCCACAGACACGCAGCUGUCUGGCCCAGGCCUUGGCUCAGCAGUUCUUUGGUUGUUUCAUCUCCAGGAUGUCAUGGGCCGAUGAGUGGGUGUUGAAGGGAAUCUCAGGCUACAUCUACGGCCUCUACCUGAAAAAAACCUUCGGAGUCAAUGCGUACCGGCACUGGAUCAAAGAGGAGCUAGACAAGAUUGUGGAUUAUGAACUAAAGAUGGGAGGAGUUCUGCUACACCCAACCUUCAGUGGAGGCAAAGAGAAGGACAAUCCAACUCCCCACCUUCACUUUUCCAUCAAGCACCCUCACACAUUGUCCUGGGAGUACUACAAGAUGUUCCAGUGUAAAGCCCACCUGGUGAUGAGGCUGAUAGAAAACAGGAUCAGCAUGGAGUUCAUGUUGCAGGUGUUCAACAAGCUCCUGAGUCUGGCCAGCACAGCCUCAUCUCAGAAGUACCAGAGUCACAUGUGGAGUCAGAUGCUUCUGUCUACUCACGCUUUCCUCAAAUCCAUCUCCAACGUCUCCGGCAAAGACAUCGGCCCUCUCAUCAAACAAUGGGUAGACCAGAGUUCUGUAGUGAAAUUCUUCGGGAGUUUUGCCUUCAACAGGAAGAGGAACGUGCUCGAGCUGGAGAUCCGUCAGGACUACACAUCAUCUGGAACUCAAAAAUAUGUGGGUCCCAUCAAGGUGACGGUGCAGGAGCUGGACGGGUCCUUCAACCACACGCUGCAGAUAGAGGAGAACAGCCUCAAACAUGACAUCCCCUGUCACUCAAAGAGCAGGAGAAACAAGAAAAAGAAGAUCCCUCUGAUGAACGGAGAGGAAGUUGACAUGGAUUUAUCAGCCAUGGAUGCUGAUUCUCCUCUCCUCUGGAUCCGAAUUGACCCAGACAUGUCCAUCCUGAGGAAGGUGGAGUUUGAGCAGGCUGAUUUCAUGUGGCAGUACCAGCUGCGCUAUGAGAGGGACGUGGUUGCACAGGAGGAGGCAAUAUCAGCAUUGGAGAAGUUCCCCACUCCUGCCUCCAGACUGGCUCUGACUGACAUCCUAGAGCAAGAACAGUGUUUCUACAGAGUCCGAAUGCAAGCCUGCUUCUGUUUGGCCAAGAUCGCCAACUCCAUGGUGAGCACGUGGCAGGGCCCGCCAGCCAUGAAAUCCCUGUUCACCAGAAUGUUCUGCUGCAAGAGCUGCCCUAACAUCGUCAAGACCAACAACUUCAUCAACUUCCAGAGCUACUUCCUGCAAAAGACAAUGCCGGUUGCCAUGGCGUUACUCCGAGACGUGCAGAACCUCUGUCCCAGAGAUGUCCUCAACUUCAUCCUCGACCUCAUCAAGUACAACGACAACAGAAAAAACAAAUUUUCAGAUAACUACUACCGUGCAGAUCUGAUCGAAGCACUGACCAACUCUCUGACUCCGGCCAUCAGCAUCAGCAAUGAAGUGCGGACGGUCGACAACUUGAACGGCGACGUGCGACUCAUCUUAGAGGAGAUCACCCGAUUCCUAAACAUGGAGAAACUGCUGCCCAGCUUCAGAAACACCAUCACUGUCAGCUGUCUGAAAGCCAUUCGUCAGCUUCAGAAGAACGGUCACAUUCCCAGCGACCCGUCACUCUUCAAGUCCUACGCAGAGUACGGACACUUUGUUGAUGUUCGUGUCGCUGCGCUGAAGGCUCUGGUGGACUACACUAGAGUUGAAAGGAGUUCAGGAGAGCUGCAGUGGCUGCUAGACAUGGUUCACAAUGACCCAGUUCAUUACGUCAGGCACAAGAUCCUGGGUAUGCUCUGUAAGAAUCCUCCUUUCACCAAGAAUACAGAAUCAGCUCUGUGCAACGAAGCUCUGGUCGACCAGCUCUGGAAGCUCAUGAACUCAGGUACCUCCCACGACUGGCGGCUACGCUGCGACGCUGUGAACCUCUACCACACAUUGUUUGGUCUGACCCGUCCUUCCUGCCUGCCCCUGCCUGAACUGGGCCUGGUGCUGAACCUGAAGGAGAAGAAAGCUGUCCUGAACCCCACAAUCAAGCCCGAGCUGGGGGUCCCUGCCAUCAUGGACACACCAGCCAGCAUAGGCAUCCAUGGUGUCGGAAUGAGCUACACUACUGUGGAUGAAGAGCCAGAUCCUAUUUCAUUAGGUGUGUGCGGAGUGGGCCAGCCCCCUCAAGGCCUCAAGAGAAAGGCCGACACCCCACUGGGCUCCCCUCCAGAGCCGGGCCAGAUACUGCAGCAACAGGAUGACGACGGAAGUAGAGGCCGCUACAAGAUCAGGUUCAACACAAUGGAAGAGGAAGAUAUUGAUAUGGAGACAGUUCAUGAUAGUCAGGCCUUCAUUCACCAUCAUCUCAACCUGCUGGAGAGACCCUCUACACCAGGUAAAGAGCCUCCGUCAGUAGAACAGGCCAUACUCUCCAUGCCCGCCACGCCCGUUCCGUCCUUCUCCAAAGAGACCACCUCCUCCUCGUCCAAGCACGGGGGCGAGCACGGCCACCACCAUCACCACCACCACCACGAGCACAAGAAGAAGAAGAAGAAGCACAAGCACAAACACAAGCACAAGCACAAACACGAGAGCAAGGACAAAGAGAAGGACAGAGAGAGGGAUAACUCACACGCUUACAGCAACAGCCCGGCCAGCGGCAGGUCACUGCGCUCGCCAUCGCUGUCCGACUAAACAUCUGGAGAGGGACGUUUGCUUUCCCAGCUGCUGCGGGUUCAGUCAGGGUUAACUGAAGUAGCAGGCUUGCAUCUCUGUGAGUACUGAGGCAGAAAUAGAAAGGAAAAUAUGUUUAGUUUGAAUGUUCUAACUAGACAGAAAGUUAAAGAAAAGGAUGCUGUGUGAGUGUUGUAAUCCUCAGAUAAACAGCAGCACUGAGUCAUCUGCUCCAGAGAGGAAACACGGAAUCCCGAACUGAGGCUUCAGUGUCAUCGAGGCGAACCCCUCCAGAAGAGUCCUUGUGUUCAACAGGCCCGGCAGCAGCUCCAGGACCUUUUUUAGUACUGCUUCCAGGCCGUCUGAGGCAUGCAACCACACACACCUCUCUCCAAAAACAGUCAAACACAGCCUCAGCCUCAUCCCCACAGCUCAAUACCAACAUUCAGUUGAGUGGCUCCUGACAGGAAACAUGAGUGAUUGUGGUGUGGGUUUAAACCAUUCUGUCUGGAUGAAGCCUCUGGUGUCUCUAACAUUCUGUAAAAUGACCUUCCUCUGUUUGCUCACACGUGGAAAUGAAACAGAGGAAUUUCCCCAUACUGUACAAACUCCGACUCAAGUAAUACUAGGAUGUGUUUUUUUUCUACUUUUUGUUUCUCCAACUGUCAUCAUUGAUUAAAGAUGCUUUUCUAUU